AUGUCCAGAGACAGGUUUUUGCAGAUAAUGCGUUAUCUGCACUUUAAAGAUAACCAAGAAGAAGUGAGAGACAAAAAUUCUUCAGAUUAUGACAAGCUAUUCAGGGCAAAAGAGCAAAGAUUCAGAAAACCAAUUACGUCUGUUGAGUGUGAAAAAUUUGAAGAAAGUUGGGUGUCAGACUCAAGUCGUCGAAAAUGGGCGUGGGUGCUGAAAGUCUUUGAUCAGUGGAUGGUUGAGAGAAAUAAAGCCGUAAAUGAAAUGAGUUAUAGUAGUGAACCGUUGAUAAACGAGAAUCUAGAUGAAAUGUCUGAAGAGCAGCUGGAUUUUGUCUUGGCUCGAUUUAUUGCCGAAGUUAGAAAAGAAGAUGGACAAGAAUAUCCAGGAAAGACUUUAUAUGAAAUGAUAAGUAGUAUUCAAACGUUUUUACGUGUGAAAUGUAAGAGAAAUGUAACUUUGAUUGACAUAACAGGUUAUAAAUUUAGAAGUUUGAAUUCAGCUUUGAAUUUUCAAAUGAAAGAAAAAGCUGGGCAAGGAAUAGGCUUAGUUGUCAACAAGGCUAAUCUUAUUACGGAGGAACAAGAAAACUAUUUGUGGGAAAACGGGUUUUUAGGGAGCGACAACGCAGAGCUGCUUUGCCACACUUUGGUCUGGGUUUUUGGCAUUCAGUUUGCUCUAAGGGCUGGGCAGGAACACAGGAAUUUGAGAUUUAAAAACUCACAGUUAUCGCUACAAAGUGACGAAUCGGGUAAUGAAUUCUUACAGUAUAUGGAGGAUAUCAGUAAAACUAAUAAUGGCGGUUUGAGCCAUUUGCGUAUCAAAAGGAAAGUUGUUCGGGCAUAUAAGAACUUAACCAUGUAG